CAUCUUUGCGAAGUAGCAGAUAAACACUUGUGUUGCUACUUUGUUUUCCGGCUGAAGGCUUGAUCUCUAAUUUGUGUCAUCGGUGUUUUGAGUGUCGCACUAGACAUUGGAUUGGAUUUCACAAUGGGGGUCAGCAGGAUCUACAUCAGCAUCGGAUACGCUACCUUUGGUACCCUGGUUGGACUUUCGGCUUUCUUGGUCUGGAAUAUAGCAUACAAGCAGCCAUGGACGGCGGCCAUGGGAGGCCUGUCAGGAGUUUUGGCGCUCUGGUGUCUUGUCACACACAUCAUGUACCUGCAGGACUUCUGGCGCACUUGGCUCAAAGGCCUCAAGUUCUUCAUCACUGUUGGUGUGCUCUUCUCAGUCUUGGCAGUGGCCGCCUUCAUCACCUUCCUAACUCUCGCCAUCACACAGAAGCAAUCUCUUACUGACCCAAGGAGCCUUUACCUCUCCUGUGUGUGGAGCUUCCUGACUCUCAAAUGGUCCUUCCUCUUGGCCUUAUACUCCUACAGAUAUCGCCAGGAGUUUGCAGACAUCAGCAUCCUCAGCGACUUCUAGUCAGUACUGAUUUUAUAGACUGAAAUGGACUUCGAGAGGUUUUAAGGUGCCAGCAGGAGCUGGUCAAAGAGCUUUUGUUACAAAGAGGAGGAAGAGCAGACAUGGCUAGAUUAAAAGGUCACCUGACUUCUAGCGUAAGGAAUUGCACUUGUCUUACUUGCUUAACAAGUUCUGUAUUUGUAUUGUCCUAUGUUCUCCUACUUUUAUGACCUAAAUAUUAUAUUCCUGUAAGUAGUCAUAAAUCUGACCUUCAGAAGACUGGAGCUGCUUUUGAAUUCAUUGCUUGAGGCUUUAUAUGGAGAGACAUGCUGUGUUUUUAAGAUUUUAUCUUUGGGUUGUUUAAUCUUAAAACAGCUCAUACAUAUAAGGAAAUCCCCACCGUAACAGGCUUUUAAUCUAAUGGAAAACUGUGAAAAUGAAAGUGAAAAUAUUCUCAAAGCUAAAAUCCUCAGAACCAAAACUAAACCUCCUACCUGAACCCACUCUGCUAAGUGCUUGGUUGACAGUGUCCGUUGGAGUGCUUGAAUGUUUGUACCCAAAUGAGCUAUUUCAUAGUCAACAGCUUUGAACAACAGAAUACUCCCAUCACGUCAUUCCACUGUCUUACUGUCUGCAAAGUCAGUCUCUAAGCUCCAUUCAUUGUCUCUGUCCCAAUCUGAGAAACCAUUUUUUAAAAAUCCAAUCACUGAUAUGAAGUGUUACUAUUAUUUAAAACGUUUGAAGAGGGUAGUUAAUGUAAUUUAUGUCUCCCUUCUUACCCCACAUUUACUUUUAGGAGAACGGAAGAAAAGGCUUUCCUGUGGAAUUUGUUCCUUUUUAAUCUUUUGUUCCACCAGGGGAAGACUUGUUUUUUUUCUAUCAUGAGUCCACUGAACAAUUAUAACAUUCCUCUGUGUAGAAAACACAAAUUAGUUUGAUAAAUAAUGCACUUUAGUAUUUGAUAUUGAUGCCAUUGUUUUGCACACAUAUCCUAAUACAAUGGAAAUAAUAGCUCUCAGCUCUCCAUUCUAAAUUAUGAAAUACGCUAUUUGUAUGCAGUUAUUUUACAGUUAGCAUGUUUUGUACAAGUCAAGUUAAACUAGGCUUUGUAAGUGGUUCAUUUCCAGCUGUUGCUCAUGUCUACCUUCUAUUAUAAAAACAUGUUAAACCUAUUUUUGUUGAUGAGAAAAUGAAUGUGAGGAUGUUACAUGUACAUAGAAACUGAACCCAAUAAAGUUACAUUUAUUGUUAA